UGUCACCUCCCCUCGUAAAGAAUUUGGGAUUUAACUGCUUCAGGCCUUGUGUUUUCCACCAAGAAACCAUGAACACAGUCUGUCAGAAAGCAGGGUUUUUCUCAUGCAGCAUGGCUCCCACAACAGGAAGCCAAGGGACAUAGAAAAUACAUACCUCACUGGAAAGUUUACUUUAUUUUACCACAAAAUCUCACUGGCUGGCUUCCACCCCCACUGUAAUUUCCUCACAGCCAUACUGGCAUGACAGCACAGCUACCGUAGGACAUACCGGUGGCUUUGCUGCCUGCAGAGAGGAGGUGUGUGCCUGCUGACCAGAGCUGCCAUCACCCACUGCCUCAGCAGUGCCUACCUGGUGUCUCCAGCUGGGAGGGUUGGCAUGAGAAGGUUGAUGAUGUACCCAGGGCACAGCACAGCAGUUGCUCAGUGGGUAAGUGCUCUGGCAUACAGAGGGUUUUUCACCAUCAGUUGCUUAAUGCCCAUGAAGAGGCAUGGUGUGUUUUUAAAUGAUGACAGGUCCCAAAAUGUCACACAUCGGUUUUCCCCUCUGGUUUAGCUCUCCAGAGACUUCAGCAGCAUCAUGAUGUUGUCAUGGCAUAAGCUGGAGAGCAUUAGAAGUAGGUCACCGACUGUGACUUCAUGAGUCUUGACACUGAUUAUUACUCAUGAAGACAUUUCAACCCAGACAUUUUGCAUAGGAGUUUAGAGAUAUCACAAAGGACAUGAUAGGAUGCACACUAUGAUUCUACAGUGUCCACUAAUAAUUUCCAAUGGAAGAAUUGAGUCUCAGUCAGUAUCUCAUAGCUUUCUCACCACAAAGCAAGGGUAGGAGUAGAGAGGUGACAAAACAUGCUCAAGGGUGCACAGGUAUGAAGGGGCAGGAGACUAUCAAUGCUCUUCUACAAAGCCUUUGUGAAGACUCCUUGUAUAAUUCAGGUCCUGUUAGAUGAAGAAAAAUAGUUCAAAUUCAACUAAGCAUGUACAAGAGUGACUGAGAUAUUCAGAUGAAUGAGCCUGGCCUGAAGGAGGGAUAGAAAGGACUAUUGCAGGUUCAUACUGCUGGUGUGACAACUAAGACCUGCUACCGUGUAGGCAGACCAGCUGAAACAGCUGAGAGGAGGAGUUUUUCUUUAAUACUAAAGGACACUGUUGACACAAACAUUAAUUGGUUUCAACUGGCUUUUAGCAAAAAUAGAUUGGAAAUUAGGAGAUUUUUAAUCCCAGCAGUGGUGAGGUGCUGAGCUUCAGGCCAGCGGGAGGAGAAGGGUGGUGGAGGGGUCAUGAUGUGUCUGCACUUGGUGACCCAGUCCUAUGUUCAUAUAACAGUAAGGAUUUAAAAUACAGUGGUUUGUCUAUGUGUUUUAUAUGAGAUGCUAUGUAAGAAAAAAGUCCUCCAGUCCAACCGUAAAUUAUUUCUAUUUAAGUGAAUACCCUUUGGAUAAAUGGAAUAUUGUAGUUUUACAUUUUGGAAUGUAUCUCAAUGAAAGAUCAAAAAGUUUUAGUGACUUAGGGUUACACUGGCUGCUGUUACAGCUCCAGUAAAGUUUGUGGAGUUGCAGAAGGAGUGAAUCUAGUUCUUAAGGUUUUUUCCAGAAUCUUGAAAUUGUCAUGCCUCAACUAAGACCACCACUGUUACUUUGCCGUGUGCUUUUAACUGUCUCAUCCUGGAAAAGAAUAUGCAAGUUAAUUGCUGUUAAAUGCAUUGAAUCUUAAUUUGCUUGGUGGCUACCUUGUUUGAAUAACUGUGUGUGACGUGGUCAGUUAAAUAAUUUCCUCACAAAUACUAGUCAUUUGGGAUAAGGAGAGCUGCCUGAUGCAUUUUGUUAUUUCUCAGUUAUUCCUUGGUUAAGGUGCAUGUCUCUGUUUCUGGUGUUGCUCACCUUCAGAGUGCUGCGCUUUGGUAGGUGCCUGUGCGUAGGUGAGGGAAGUACCUCCAACAGUGUCAGAGCUCCCCAUGAGAGGAACUGAAACCCUCCUGGUUUUUAAGAGCUGAUAAAGCAGAGGAAACACUCUCUUAGUUAUAUGGCAUUUAAAGAAGUUAGCAGGGGUUUUUUUCGGUUAGCUAACAACUCUUCCCAAGGCUACUGUUUUCAGUCCGUGGUCUGCAGAGCUCUGGCAGCCCAUGAGUUAUUUCUAGAGGUCACUGUCAGGGGAUUUGGUCCAUUGUUACAGUUUGCCUAUACUGCUAAGCUGUUACUCAGCAGAGAAAACAUCCAGGAGGUCAUCCACUGUGCGGAAUUCCUGCGCAUGCACAACCUGGAGGACUCCUGCUUCAGCUUCCUUCAGACACAACUGCUGAACAAUGAAGAUGGCCUGUUCCUGUGCAAAAAAGAUACCACCUGUCAGCGCAUGCACGAUGAGGAGAACUCGGAUGGAGAUGAGGAGGAGACGAUGGAAUCGGAGACAUCAAAAAUAUCUUGCCCAAGAGAGAGGAUGCACCAAGAGCCCUUCAAUUUUGAAACCACUGUUGCUGGAGCAGACAAAGGGGAAGGGAUGCUGCCUGACUCUGACAUGCUGAGAGAUAGCAAGGACAAUUUAGAUAAAGAUGCAGUAACACGGUACCCCAGAUACAAGAAAUACCAGCUUGCUUGUACCAAGAAUGUCUACAACACAUCACACAUCAGUACCUCAGGUUUUGCAAGCACAUUCAGCGAAGAGAGCUCUGGAAAUGGCCUCAAAUCAGGACUUGCUAUGGGCCAGAUAAAAAGUGAGCCUCAGAAUGAAGAGAACGAUGAAGAAAGCAUCACACUUUGCCUGUCUGGAGAUGAACCUGACAUCAGGGAUAAAGAAGGGGAUGUUGAAAUGGACAGGAAACAGCCAAGCCCCACUUGUGUCGACAGGCCAAAAAGUGGGUCUUCUCCUUCUUGCUUGCGAUCUUUCUUCAACAGAACAAAAAGCAUGGAUUUGGUUGGCUUCCCCAGCACUUCCCAACAGCACUUUGGCAGGAGUCCAGCAUGCCCUUUUGAAAAAGGGACAACUCAGGGUGACCACAAAACUGAUUACGUCCCUUUCACAGGGAACUAUGGACAGUCCCAUGCCAUGCAGAAGGAUGCUUCCAACUUCACAGUGGGAUCGCCGCUCAGGGGGCCCGGCUUUGAAACUCUCUGUAAGCAAGAAGGGGAACUGGACAGGAGGAGUGUUAUAUUCUCUUCAAACGCUUGUGACCAAGUAAACACUUCAGUGCAUUCAUAUUCUGGUGUGAGCAGCUUGGACAAAGACCUCACUGAGACUGUGCCAAAGGGUCUGUGGGCUGGCAGUAGCCAGUCUCUCCCCAGCUCCCAGACCUAUUCGCACAGCGGACUGACAGCUGAUCACUUGCCAGGAAGGAUGCGGCCGAACACCAGCUGUCCGGUGCCAAUUAAAGUUUGCCCUCGCUCUCCUCCUUUGGAAACCAGAACCAGGACCUCCAGUUCAUGCUCUUCCUACUCGUAUGCAGAGGACGGCAGUGGUGGCUCUCCCUGCAGUCUGCGUCUUUGCGAGCUCUCCUCUUCCCCUUGCUCCCAAGGCCCCCGAUUCCUGGCACCCGAGCACCAGGAGCCAGGAGUGGUGGGGGAUGGAUUGUACAACCCGGUCCGAGCCCAGAUUAAAUGUGAGCCAUCCUAUGGAACAAACUCCAGCGAUGAGUCUGGGUCAUUCUCAGAAGCAGACAGUGAAUCAUGUCCUGUGCAAGACAGAGGGCAUGAGGUGAAACUUCCUUUUCCUGUUGAUCAAAUCACAGAUCUUCCAAGGAAUGAUUUCCAGAUGAUGAUAAAGAUGCACAAGCUAACCUCAGAGCAGCUCGAGUUCAUCCAUGAUGUCCGCCGGCGCAGCAAGAACCGAAUUGCAGCUCAGCGCUGCCGCAAAAGGAAACUGGACUGUAUUCAGAACCUAGAAUGUGAAAUCCGCAAGUUGGUGUGUGAGAAGGAGAAACUGCUCUCAGAAAGGAACCAACUGAAAGCAAGUAUGGGAGAAUUGUUAGACAACUUCUCAUGUCUUUCCCAAGAAGUGUGUAGAGACAUGCAGAGUCCAGAACAGAUCCAAGCUCUCCACCGAUACUGCCCCGUUCUGAGACCCAUGGAUCUACAGCCAGUCACCACCAUCAGCCCCACCCCAGCUGGUGUGGAGCAGAGCCUGGUGACCUCCCAGUGCAUCGGGGAAAGCAUGCAGUGCUGCUCGGAGCAAGGCUCAGUGCAACUGGGAGCACCCUGGCUGCCUAAUAACAUCUCAGAAAAUUGUUCGGCCGGCGGGGGGUUGGAUGGAGCCGACACAGGUACUUACCCCGAGAGAGAGCUUCCACCAGAGCAGAGCAGCCAAACGGUCACGGUAGACUUCUGUCAGGAGAUGACUGAUAAAUGUACAACAGAUGAACAACCUAGGAAAGAUUACACCUAGUGACUUGUAACCUUAACAUUACACCUAGUCAGGUGUUCUUCAGUCAGCCAGUGGCAGGGUUCAUUUGUUGUCUAGAAGAACGUAUUUGGUGCACACUACAGUGGUCUUAGCAGCAAUACUGUUUUUAAGUAUUCCCUCCUCUCUACAAGCAGGAGUUCUCUUCACAAUGGUGCUAUCCCUUGCUCAGGCAGGGAACGAAGCAGUGGCAACACUGUCUGUUUUUGUAUGUUGAUUUCAAUCUUAACAGGGAUGGACAUAACACCUCUGAGGACCCAACCGCAGCUUUUUUCUCAGUGGCCCAUGUCACAAAACCCUAACUCAGGAAUUUCCUCUGAAUGUUCAAUUUUUCAUUGAAGACAGCUUCUUUACACAUCAAAGUUUUAUAGCUAAACUGUACAUAUUAUAUAUAAUAUAUAUAAAAUAUAUAUAUCCAUAUGCAAGAAUCCCUGCAUGCCUCAAUUUUUCUCAUCCUACAAACUGGAAGCUUUCAUUUCUAUUGUAUAAACAAGUUCCAACAUUCCUUUUUGUCUUCAAUGCUAGAACUAGUUUGGUAACUUGUUACACGAUAAUUUUUUUCUCAGUUCGCAGUUCAGCAAUAUCAUUCAAUUUGUACUUAUUUAUAAAAUUUUAAUGUUGGAAACUUAUUUGAGAUAUUAUUAUAGACAAUUUUUUUUGGCACAGCCAUUUUGUGCCACUUGGGCAAUGUGGAGUUAUUUUAUUUUCUUGCAGAUACUGUACAGUAAUGGUCAACUUUGCCACUUGCACUGAGUUUCUGGUCAAACCUCUUUUCAUAAAUGAAGUCAUGACUUCAGUAUAACUUGAGUAUAUGGUUUUCUUUGCUUUAUUGCUUAAAGGAAAUAGAAAAUUUUUAGCUGAUAGACAAACACUCAGGAGCUCAUUAUGUAGUAAAAAUGGUCUUGCCAAAUACUGAAUUCACUAUACAAUUUGUAAAGAGAAUCUGCUUGAAUUAUUUUUAUAUUUAGACUUCUUUCUGUUUCACAAACCAAGUUUAAGUGCUGUUAAUGAUGCUUUUGGAGUUUUACAGGGGAAAGUAUAUUUCACUUUUUAGAGAAAAGUGUUUUUGACAACUGGAUCGGUUCAUCAUACGUUCCACGAAGUAAAGCGAACGGAAAUCACAUCAAUACACGUGGGGGCUUUUUCUCCAGCCCCACUCUGCAUCCUUUACUCAUGGAAGCAACUGCUGCUCUGGCUAGUCCCCAGAGCCUGACCUCAGCUGUCCUCAGACAUUACCUGUUUUCCCCACCAGACCCAAGUUGCAGAGAUGGAUCUGGUGAAGUCAGUGAUCCUGCCCAGGUAGGCGGAGUUGCAGGAUCAGACCCCUAGUUGUUGACUUUGAUUUCCUUACAGAAGUCCAGCUAGCACUGUAUCCUCUAAGAGUAAAACCUACAUUUGCCAACACCUGAUUUGGUUGCUUACCCAUCAAAUUCUUGUGUUUCAGGAUGCUCUAGUCCUGCAGCAUUGCCCUCAGCACAAACUGCAGCUAAAAGAGCGCUGUCUCAAAAGAGGCUACUCAGUGAAUUGGCUUAGUUGUAACUGUAUUGGAUUUGUAUCUUACGCAAUGUUGACUCAUGUUAUGACUGUUUGAGACAGCAGCUUUCCAAGCAUAACAUCUGUAUGUACAGUGUAGACAGAAAAACAACCUCCUAAUACUUUUUUAAUAAUUAUUAUUAUUAUUCUAAGUGUACUGAGUUUUUAUUUUGUGGUUCUUUGCCCUACGUGUGCCAGGUUGCGUGGCUUUAUCAGUGACAACUGUCAUGUGCUUUACUGGCUGAUAUUGUUUGUUCUCGCUGAAAAAAAAAUGACCAGCUGUUCACACCUGUUAAAAAAAAAGUGUGGGGAAGCAGCUUCUCAGAAGCACUAAGUGAUAAUGUGGUCUUCUGUGCUAACGUUUACACUAGAGGUGUGCGCUGGUGGUUUUUUGAGGCACUCAGUAGAUCAGCAUCUUGAACCCUGGAGGAGGAAUCAGCUCCCUCUCUCCACUUCUUCCAUCUUCAGACUGUGCUCAUGGACCAUCACCCACUCGCCACAAAGUCUUGCUUUUAUCCUCUUCAUCCAAACUAUUGUAGCCAAGCUACUGAGGAGGAAAUGCAUAUAGCAUGUGCCAUGUUUGUUGAAAAUAGUUUUUUUCCCCGCAUGUACAAAGAAAAACUAGUAUAUAAUGUAGGAGAAUAUUUAUGUUUAAGUAUUAAUCUUUACUGUACAAAAUCCUUACCUUUAAAUGUUAAAAAAUAUACAAAUGCCAUAAACUCCUAGUUCACACAGUUGAAAAAGGGGGAGGAGUUGUCCUUUUCUUUUUAAAAGAACUUAAUCUAAAAAUACCUGAACACUCCCCCCCCAGCCAUCUUUUGCAGGUAACUGACUGAGAAGCUCUUUGGCGGGGGGGCAGGAUUUGAUUUUCCUUUGAAUUUGUUGACGUUGCAAAGCAGUUCUGUGCUUCGCAGAGAAGUUUUGUUUCUAUGAGACCAUGGUGAAAGCUAGAAUUUAAAACUAAAUGUGAAUCACAUUAUAGAGUCAUAGCUACUGGGGGGG